AUGUACGCAGGUUUCUUCCCAUUGCCUCCGGUCUACUGCUUAACCUGGAUCUGCCUGGACGUACUCUUCUGCACCGCUUCCAUCAUGCACCUCUGCACCAUCUCCGUCGACAGGUACCUCUCUCUCAGGUACCCUAUGAAAUUCGGCAGGAACAAGACACGCAGAAGAGUCGUACUCAAGAUUGUCUUCGUGUGGCUACUGUCAAUAGCCAUGAGUCUUCCAUUAAGUCUCAUGUAUUCCAAGGACUACAACUCCCUGCUGGUGGACGGGGUGUGCCAGAUCCCAGACCCGCUGUACAAACUCAUAGGAUCCAUCGUCAGCUUCUACAUCCCGCUAGGGGUCAUGCUUAUCACGUAUGCCCUAACGGUGAGGCUCCUCGCCGAACAACAGCAGAACCUAGGCGGCGCCACCAACAACUGGUCUUCGGGAUGGAUGGGAACACCGCUUGCAGGUAACCUUGAACGACGCUACACCUGGAGGAGGCUGUUGGGAAGAAGCGGACAACCAGGUGCUCCUGGCGGACACUCCUCGGCCGGUUCGACUGACACAGAACUGACCACGCUGGAUACCCACGAGCUUUGGAUACCGGAGUCCGAACCAAAACCCUACGCCACCUCGGCACUCCAUCAGUUCGGCCAAGAGAUGCUCAAGCUGUCAAGGGGGCUUGAAACUGUAGCAGCUUGCAGUGUGCAGUCUACGCCAAGACCACAAUUCAGGAGAGAAUUAAUACCAGUGGACUUGUCGAAUUUAAACGAUCGAGCAAAGCAGAGAAAUAAAAGACGCCGGGCAUCGACAAUAGACUUUCCAAUCAGGAAGCAGGACUCGUCGGAGAAUUUAGAUACAAAGAGAGUGAUGAGUUUCCAAGAGUCUCUCUGCAAGUGGGCUUCAUCCAGCUCUGACGAAGAACUGAUCAAAAUCCGGACCGUACAAACCAGCCAAGAAGAGAAAGACCCCAUGAGCUUGUUACCGCCACCGUGCACUUGUCCUUACUUCGGCGAGUCCAGCAAGAAACCGCCUAAUAAGGGAACAGAUGUAGUUAUAGUCACUUCCGAGGACAAGCCUGGAUUCAUACGGCGGGAGGAGAGUUCUAGCACCAUCGUUACUUGGGAGUCUCCAAAGUUCAGAAGAGGAUCCAGCUUCAGAACUUCAUUGGCUACCAGGAGUCAAGAGAGCUCCCCAACGGUAAGGAAAUCGGCCCUGAGGAGAUCGGCAACACUCAGAGCUGGUAGGCCCGACUUCAAGGCAAUGGAAGAUGCUGCCCAGGGGGUACUGCUUAGGUACAGUUCGAGUCCUGGAGGAACUAAAAAUAUGCUAGUCAAACCACCGCAUUCGCGCAACUCGAGUGUGUUGUCUAGAACAUCUUCUAGACACGGGAGGAUUAUUCGGCUGGAACAGAAGGCCACCAAAGUCUUAGGCGUGGUGUUCUUCACGUUCGUCAUCCUGUGGGCACCUUUCUUCGUUCUGAACCUAGUCCCAUCGGUCUGCCCUGAGUGCGAGAGGAAUAUCGACAAAUGGGUCUUCGACUUCGUCACUUGGCUAGGGUACGCCAGCUCCAUGGUAAACCCAAUAUUUUAUACAAUAUUUAAUAAAGUGUUCAGGCAAGCUUUUAAGAAAGUCCUCCUAUGUAGAUACAGAAACCAAACGUGGAAACCCACCAAAAGAUAAAUG